AUGCAGCCUUACCGCAUCCUUGUGCACUCAAGGUAUAUUGCCACCUGUGCCAAGUGCCUAAUGCGUCCUGGUUAUGAACCGUACCAUGCUAUAAAGCAUGUGAAUUACCUUCAGAUCUCUAGGUUCCCACCUAGCCUCCAUUCCCUUGUCUUCCCUCUCCUCGAUUUACAUCCUUCAUGCUUACAUAAAUUCUCUACCGACUACAGAGAAGUGGAAGAGCUCAUCCGAAUGACGAGUGGGCGCGAGGAGAGCGUGGGCGGUCUGCGGGCGUGGUCAAAUUACACGGUGACGGUGGCGGCCGUGACAAGGGCGGGCGCGGGCGUGUCCUCGCCUGACCUUAUCUGCACCACGAGGGAGGAUGUGCCUGCGGGUGUAGCGUCCUUGGGCAAAGAAGUCGUGGCCACACUGGGGGAUGACGUUAGAUUUGUCUGCGUGACUGUGGGCGCGCCUCCGCCCAUGCCCGCCUGGAGUGUCGACGGCAGGCACUUGGAGAAGGACGGGCGGUUCACGCAAGAGGCUGACGGUUCGCUCGUCAUCCGCGGGGUUGAGCGAGGCGACCUCGGCAACUAUACCUGCUCCAUCCACAGUGUGCGGAAGUCCCCGUACGUGCACACCUCCACCACAUACGUCCUGCACGUGCAAGUGCCACCGAAGGCGCCCUCAGUGCAUAUCGCAGAUGCCACAUCCUCUACGCUGACGGUAUCGUGGGCGGCGGGGGACACGGGCGGCGCUCCAGUCCGGGCAUGGGCUGUGUGGUGGCGGGCGGCGGUGGGCGGAGGAGUGUGGCACACGCGGGAGCUCGGGCGGACACACUCCAGACAUGUCAUCAACGAACUGCAGUGUGGAACCGAGUAUCAGGUGUACGUCACCGCCCGCACCCACGUUGGAGUUUCUCCGCCCUCCCGCCCCUUAACCGCCCGUACCUCUGGCUCGCCACCCGUCGCACCGCCUACCCGCCACGUAGCCUCGGGCAACAGCACGGGCGUGUGGGCGUGGCUGGGGCGUUGGGUGGACGGCGGCUGCCCCAUCACGCACUUCACGCUGGAGCUCCGGCGCCCCCGAGAUCCCACCUGGACCACGUUGGCAAGCAGUCUGGCGCCUCAGGACGUGUACGAAGUGGGAGGCCUGCAGGCGGGCGCGAUCUACGGGCUGAGGCUGACCGCCCACAACGCCGCGGGCGCCACGACCAGCACCGUAGACAUAAGCACAGGCCCCGGGGGCGGCCUGGGGGCGCAGCCGGCAGGUGAGCUGGAGCUGGCGCCCCCCAACCCCAUCCACACGGACCCGCGAGUGGCCGCUGGCAGGAGCGGGCGCGGGGCCCCCGAAGACCAGGAGGCGGAGCAGAACAAGACGAACCUUCUGCAGCAGCGAGACACCUACUACGCCACCGUCAGGAAGCCUCAGCCAGUACCUGCUACUCUUGAGAGAAUACCAGGUACCACGGAGAAGGAGACAGAAUACUCGGAGGACAUCUACCCGUACGCGACCUUCCAGCUGGGUGAGGGGCGCGGCGGAGGGCAGGACGAGACGGUCACCAACAAGUUCCAGACUUUCGUCUUCCAAGACUCGCGAUACGGGGUCACUGAAGGUCAUCCUCCGACUUCGCCUAGUCGACCCACGCCCAAAAAGAGCCACGGGCGUUGCGGCAGUCGCGGGCGCCGUGCGGGCGGUCCCCGGAGUGAAAGUGAAGAGUAUGACUCCCUGCAGUCAGAUACGGACACCGAGCACGCCACGUCCUCGCGCACGGAGUCCUCCAUCCACCUGGACUCCGCCACCCUCGAGAGCCACCACACGGCGCUCCACCUGCCCCUUGACCCCCACCUAGCCACGCUCGAGCCGCGCCCAGACGCCCACGCCGCCCACGCCGCACGCAGGCCGGCCGCCAGGACCGUCCACCACAACCUGAUCUACCACGCCCCCGAGUCCAGCACGUCAACGGAGCCCUCGCCCAUCCUGGAGCGGAAGUCGUUCCCCCGCAAGAGCGACGGGAACAAGCUGGGUCGCGGCGGGGCCUUCCAGGGGCGCGGCCUCAGCAAGAUGGUGGCCAGCAUUAGAGGCGGCACCCAGGAGACCUCGCUUUCCUUCCCGAAGGCUGGCCACGCCUCCGACUCUAAGAGCUCGGACGACGGCAAGUACGGCUUCGCACGGCAGAUAACUCCGCCCGUGGGAUUCUCCAGCAGCCACAACGAGCUUUCGGAGGCGGAGUGCGACCUGGAGAUGAGGCGGAGGAACAAGGAGGCCGAGGCCGCUUCGUACGUGGGGCACUCAAGGUCGCAGUUCAGGUCUUACGUGUCCGGCAAAGAGAAGGACUACAGCAUCAAGGUGUGAUAGGUAUGGCAAGGACAACAUGCACUUCAUAUAUCUCAUAAAAAUAGUUCUAUGAACAUAUGAACUGACCAGAAAUACGUGUUUUAGAAUCAACGUCUCCAGUGUGUUUAUCUUAACAUUGUGUAAAUGUGUAAAUCUGUUUAGACAUGAGAUUAAACUCUAUGUUUCUCUGUAAAUGGCUGAAAUGAUUGCUAAAGUCAGUAAUCUGUCUGGUGGAGAUAUCAGAGUGUUAUUAGAGAUGCUUUGUCAAUAUUAUUUAUCUUCACUGAAUCUACAACGAGAAUAUGGUUUAUUAUCUUUCUGAUAAAUAAUGAGAAAUUUAUCUGUUGAUUAAACGGUUAUGAAUAAUGUUUAAGCGUCUUUUUUAUGAAGUGACAAUAGUCUUAAAAGUCUUUUCUAAACAAAUUAGGGGAAGAAUAUAUCUAUUUCGCUUACAAAUAAUUCAAACCACAGGAGACCGUUCAUACAUUAUGGAUACAUCACCGUUUAUAUUUAUUUUCAUGGCAGUACUGUAAUAAACACGAUCAAACAGGAUUCUUGUUUAGAGCAGACUUGUCAUGCAGCAAUUUUCUGGACGAGGUAAUCAAUUUCCAUAUUACUUUUACGGUGAGGUGUGCCAUUAUUUGUUUCUUUGUCUAAUCAAACCGGACGCCAUAUUUUAUAAGCCCAGUAUGUGUGAAUAAAUAAAAUCUAAGGUUUUCUUUCCGUAUGAGGGUGAGGCUUCACAAUGGGAGGGAGGAAUCUUCAGCGACGUGCUCAAAUAUCUCCGCCAAACUCACCGUCUACCAUUUCUAACAAGAAAGUCGGCUAUGUUUGUACUGGUGUCUGAAUGUGCCCUCAUAGACGUGGUGCCAACAUUUAUCAUGAUGGUGUCUUUAGAUACUAAAAUCGUUGUUGAAUGGAACCUUUAUAUGACUGCUUUUUCUGUUAUUUGUAAAUGUGACUGAAUUAGAUGGAAUAUUAAACUUUUAUUUGACUGAAAUUAUUCAGAAAGUGUACAUAAUCUUUCCACAUGUUCACUUGUAAUGUAAAUGAACACUUUACAUUGCAGGGUUUUUGGGACGAGACUGUGUGUUAUGCGCAGUAGUCUCGUCCCAAGAUAGUAGCAACGUUAUCUUGAUAGGUAGUUUGAAGGGCUGCUUGUUUUCUAGGGACUAAAACUAAAACCGUUCUCAAAUGUUUGUGGUUAAACUUCGCAGAAAUAUUUGCUGUGUUCCCGAUUACAUCAUCCAACCCUUACUCGUAAGAGCUCAUGGUCCCGCAGCCAGUUCGAUGUUUCUGUGAUACUGCAAGAUCCCUUUUACAAACUAUACUAUUUUGCAAUAUAGUAAAUAUACAAGGAGAACUCCUAACGCGAUUGUUCAGUGAUAUGAACUACCAGCUCCACGAAAUGUAAACACUAUAUUUCUCCAGUUCUUCGAUACAGUUCUCUUUUAUUCCAAAACUAUACGUUGCCACUACAGUCCAAUACAUCAACAUUACUCCCAACUUCCAAUAGCAUGUAAUCUUCAUUUGCCACUGCAUGGAGCUUGUGAUCAUGUGCAAAGUUUAUCAGUGUAAAUCUGACAUUUUGUAAUAUAAUAUACAAAUAUAAUAAUUC